AUGGCGCCCCAGUUCAACAGAGAGCACGCGACCGGAUCGGUCCUCGGCCUCGCAACCGGCGAGGCACUUGCGCUCCCUUAUGUAUCCUCCCCCGAAAAGGUCGACCAGGGCGUAACGAUGACUUCGGGCGGCGACUGGUCCGAGGGCGAGUGGGGUCCUUCGACCGCCAUGGCACUCAGCGUGCUCAGCGCCAUGAAUGAGGCUGUGCUCUACGACCGAGAGAAGUGGGCCGACUACCUCGCGGUACGAUGGGUAGAGUGGGCCCACUCGGGGGGAAAGGGGCUUGACUCGCGGACGCGAGACCUGCUGCGGAGCGUGUCUCGGGAGGAGGCGAGUGAGGAGGCACUGGCUUCGCGUGCCAAAGCGAGCGGGGGUGCCGGUGCGCUGCCGGUGGCCCAUGUUGCUCCCCUCGCUCUCCUCUUCCUUGGAGAAGACCAAGAGGCUGAUCUCGCCAAGGCCGCGGACCGUCUCGCGCGCAUGACGCAUCCCGAAGAGGAGGCACGUGAGGCCGCUGUCCUCGUGGCGCUCAUGGUGCAGCAGGCAGCCCGCUUUGGCUCCGUGAGCAUCGAGGAGCAGAUCCAGUACCUGCCUACCGGGAGCCAAGAAAAGUGGAAGCAGCUCCUGAAGGAGGGAGGUAAUGCCGCAUCCUUCAACUCCAUCCACGUCAAGUCCUCUGAUGCCAACAAGGCUUCGGUCGCCGUGCUCCAGUCUGCGGUCGCCGCGUUCAGAUCCCGGUCAACCGUGGAGAAUGUUCUCAUUCAGGCGGUUCGCAGUACGGCUAACGCACAUGUCGCUGCCGUUGCUGGAGCUCUGACCGGUGGUGACCAAGGCAGCCGAGAGAUCCCCGCCGACUGGACAUCGAAGUUACACGGCGAGAACCUCAAUGGCCGGGGAAGCGCCGUCGAUGCUAUCACCAAGGACGUGGAGGCCGUGGUCAAGGUUACGUAUAAGGUGGACCUUUACUAG